AUGGGGGGUAAAAAGAUGCCCUUAAAGAGGCUUCAAGGUGCCGGUAGCUUAGGAAUGUCCUGGAGCCCCAUGACUGAGCAAGAAGAGACAACAGCUGACAAGAAGGAGCUGGAGUUCAGGGUAUCAAAGCCCUCCUGCCACCAGACUCCUGGUGAAAUUCUCCCACUUCCCCCAUCCGUGUGGAGGAAAAGUCCCCUCAAGCAUGGCUUUAACCAGCCUUCCAUAGUGGAGCAGCCCGGGUUGGCUAGCCUGAGGCAGCGAUCUGCCUACCAGAUUAUGGCCCAAAGGAAGAAGUCAAUGAUGGAGAAGAAAAAGCCCGAUUUCCUCCUCUCUAAGUUGCUAAAGUCCAUCCACAGUUUAUACCCAGUGAAGUUUAAAUGGAAAGACACAGAUCCUGGGAUCAAGAUGCUGCAGCUGGAAAGGAUAAAGGAGCUCACGGAGAGUUUGGCUUCUUCUGUGGAACAAGAGCAAAUCUACGCUGCUCAGGCCCUGGGCUGCCUCAGGAUCACUGAUGAGUUUGUGCUGUCUGCACUUCGCAACACUCUCCUGGUAUGCAGGAGUCAGCCUGUGCGAUAUGAAGUAACUAGGACCCUGGUUUUAUUUGGUUGCCUGGAUGCUGCCGUGGUGAAGGAACUGAUCAGACACCUGAAGAAGGGAAGCCCGACUCAGCGAAAGGAUCUCCUCGCUGCUCUGGCAGUGGCUUUGCACGCGUGGGCUGCAGGGCCCGAAUCCAAGCGGAGUGUGGUGGGUGCCCAGUCCAGGCUCAUCGGGACCCUGGAGCAGCUGGCAGCCUCACAGGACCGCACAGAUGACUCGGUCCUGUUGGCAGCCACCUGCUUGGUGUAUCUGGAUGCAUCCAAUCCCGCUGCCCAGGCGGCGCUGCUGAGGUGCCUGACCCAGGAGAACAUGAAGAAGAAAAUGCAGGUGCGGAUCCUGCCUGACCACCAGGCUUUGCUCAUGCUAGUGAAGCACGUGAAUGUAGUCAGCGCCGAUAUCAUCCAGGCCCUUAUAGAUCAGCUUCGCCAUUCUCCAGUGUACAAGCAUCGCGCCGAUGCCGCCAAUUUGCUGAGCACCAUUGGGCUGGAGCCGAUCCGAUGGGAAGGCUUGGAAGAGGAGGUGUUCCAGCUGCUGGUGGAAAAGCUGCACCAGGAGCCGUUUCUGGUAGUGAGACAGACUGUGGCAAUGACUGCGGCAGCUCUGCAGAUGAAGGGGCGAAUCUGGGAUAUUGUGGAGAAGCAGCUGAAGGAGAAGAGCGAGGUGAGCCGAAGACAGGCUGUGGUUUCCUUGGGGGUCCUUGGUCUUCGCAAGAAGCAAGUGUUCUUUACCCUGCUGGAAAUGCUGGAGGUGGACAGCAGUCCGGCUGUUCGCAUCCAGGUCAUUAGGACGUUUUGCACCCUGGGAAUGAACAACACGCAUGUGCUGAGAACCCUGGUGCUCAAGGAACAGACGGAUGGGGCUCUAGCCAGAGAAUGCGUGAAAGCUUUGAAGAUCCUCCAGAAGCUCCCCGGUGCUAGACGAGGCUUGGAGCAUCAGAUCUCUCAGCUCUCCUGA